UGGUGGCAGCGGCGUCAGAGGGGCAUCUCCGAUCAUGGACGAACUACCGGCUGAUGUGCGGGCUUUCCUGCGCCAGCACCCCAACCUGAGGCUGCUGCCGAAUACUCACAAGGUGCGCUGCUCUCUAACCGGCCAUGAGCUACCCUGCCGUCUGCCGGAGCUUCAGGUCUACACCAGCGGCAAGAAAUACCAGCGGUUGUCCAGAGCCUCCCCGGCCUUCGAUUACACAGCGUUCGAGCCACACAUCGUGCCCAGCACAAAGAAUCCGCACCAAUUGUUCUGCAAACUCACCCUGAGGCACAUCAACAAGUCCCCAGAGCAUGUGCUGAGGCAUGUCCAGGGCCGGAGGUAUCAGAGAGCACUUCAUCAAUAUGAGGAGUGUCAGAAACAAGGUGUGGAAUAUGUCCCUGUCUGCCUAUUGCACAAGAAGAGGAAGAGGGAGGACCACAUGGAUGGAGAUGGGCUACCUGGCCAGAGAACAGCUUUCUGGGAGCCAGCUUCCAGUGACGAGGGAGGAUCCCUGAGUGAUGACAGCAUGACAGACCUAUACCCACCUGAGCUGUUCACAAAAAAAGAUCUGGGCAAGCCUGAGAACGACACUACUGAAGACUUUCUGACAGACCAAGAGGAAGAGAAGCCAAAGCAGUCGAGAGAGAAGGGCACUGGGGAGAGGAGAGAGGUCAAAGUGGACCACAAGAGGAGCCGUAAACUCAGAAAGAAGCAGUUCACCUCGUUGACCAAGAAGUUCAAGAGCCAUCAUCACAAGCCCAAGAACUUCAGUUCUUCCUUUAAGCAGCUGGGAAAAUGAAAUGUGCAGAGAAAGCCUUUGAGUGUUCUUGGAACUGGCCGUUGAUGUCCUGAUAUUGGCUGUUGCCCAGAAUGGGCCUGGAGGUUCUGUUCAGAAGGUGACAGCAGCAGGGAUUUGAAGAUUCCUCUCCGUGCAUGGCUUUUCUGUGGUCUUCAGUGACUUACUAUAGCAUCCUGACUUUGCCAGGCUCGCACCCUGGCUGGUCACCACAUAGGAUCACACUAUAUACCACAAAUGCCAUUAUUUAUUUUGAUGUUUCCAAAGAUCAAAACAUUUUCAAACACAACUAAGAUAUAAAAUACAGCAUAAAAAUGAGGUUUAUACCUAUUCCCACAUAAAGCUAAAGCAUUUUCAGAAACUGUUUUGCCAAACCAAUGUGUAGAUCUUUUUUUUUCUUUUCCCAUCCCAGGCACAGCCCACAGAAAGCUGGUAGAUGGGCCAGGGUAUCCUUGGGAUGGGGGCCGCUGCUGAGAGGCAUGCAUUUGCCUCCUAGGGUCUGCCCAUUCCACAAACUGGAAUAUUAUGGGGCUGCCACUGCAGGUAACGGAGCAGGUGGGUGUACACUGAGUCAGCUCUGCUUGUCAAGGGACUUGGUAGUAAGGAAAUGUCAUGGCGUGAGCCACUGCUAGAACUCACACAGGGAGGAGUAGGCCAGCUGUAAGGCUGCAGAACACGGGCUGGGUGUUGAGAAGGUAAAUUCAGACUGCAGAGCCCGUGAGGCAAGGGGAAGAGGCAGGACUGACCCAAAGUGACUCAAGAGGACACAGUCCUGCCUCCCCAGCUGAUGCCAGAAAGGAGGACACCUCUAGGACUCUGCACCUAAGGGUGAGUGAGCUGCCAGCUCCUCUCCAGGGGUUCUAAGCCUGUCUACCUGUCUCCUCCAACAGAUCUGGGGAAGGUGGAGGAGGAGCCCAACCACCCUCAUGGCACUACCAUACAGAUGAGCAGGACCACAGCAUUAGACAGCUUCCCCACCCCCCAAAAAGAGAAACACGGUGUAAGGCAAUGUUAGAAAACUUUAAAUACAGGACUGAGAUCAAAUUGGUAAGGCAUCACAAAUUGUAAAAAGUAUCUUGGCUGCAUCCAGCAGAGCAAGUUGACAAAAAUCUGAGCAAGCAACAGCCUCAGGGAAAUGGUGGCAUCAGGGCUGUCAAUGGGGUAAACUCAGCCUGGAACAAGGAGUUAAGCUGGGGGGAGCAUGGUCUGUGGGGUCCAGGCCUUGCUCUGAGAAGAUCAAGUGUGAGGUAACUGGGUUGAGCCUGGGUGUCUUCAGUACUGGGGCUCCUCACCUCUGGGCCCCAUGGCAUUACUGCUCCCCAAGCUGGUUCCAUGGUGGGCCAUCCUGUGAGCAGUUGGAUCUCCUGCCCUUCCCACCACCAAGCUGGAGGGGAUAGCAGUACCUAAACCAGCAGCUUUCCAAGAACUUCCUGCCCCUGACCCAUCCCAUCCCUGCUUGGAGCCAGGGUAGGUACCUUUGACCCAGGAAACAGCAUUCAGCCAGCUGACACCAAGGACUUGGGCCAGCAGUAGCAGCCACCUCUCUAAUACUUUAUGUUCUCUAGGCUUGGGGUUUCUCUAACAUCUUCACUGAUCCUAUAAAAUAUAGGGGCAGAAGCAAUGCUGGGCCACUGGUAGGAUUCUGAACUGGAGGUUUCAACUGUUUGGUGUUUGGCUGGACCAUCCUAAGUCAUUUAGUAGUUUGAACUAAGGAUGUAAACUUAAAACUAAAAGGGAAACUGCUUUGAAUGAUAAAGUAUAGCUCAGUACAACUUGAAGGCCCUCAUCCCUCAAAAGAAACUCAAAGACAGGAUUGAGGCCAUAGCCCACCACACUGUCUACUUGAAGCCUUGGCUAAGGAAUGACCAUCCAGCUGCCCAGCCCUGGAUAGUUAGACUCCAGACUGUUUUCAAAGCAGAUUUUACCUUCAGUUUUCAGGUGUCUGCAAAUAAAGUUCUCAAAACAUCUGUGCCUUUACCAAGGGAAGGGAAGGGAAGAGGACACAUAAACGCUGGCAGUUUGUUGACUACCCUGAACCAGUCCAGGGCCUUGUGCCUCAGCCAGGGAGGGAAGGGAUCUGUCUGUUACCACUCUUUCUUCUUCUCAUCCAUGGAGACACCCCCUGGGCCAAGAGCCACCACCAGGAGCAGGCCUCCAAUCACUGACAUGGUCUGGAAGAAGUCAUACUUCAGGAAGUCAUGCAUGGGUUUAUAGACCGGGAUUGUCCAGAAGGCGUUGAAAUACACGUUGAUGGCAAACAGCCAGACGACGAGAGUCAAAGCUGCCAGCUUGGUUUUAAAACCAAUGGCUACUAAGAUCAUCAGAGCUGUGCCCACAAUGUUCUGGACGAU